GAUAUUUCGAGACCCUUUUUUCCUCCAACUGUUGCCCUCUCACUUCUCUGUCUGUCUGUCUUGCUCUGUGCAGUCUGCGUGACUGAUUGCCUAGCAAAGCAGGAUUUUAUGGUUAUCAAUGCAUUCAUUUAGCUGCGCCUAUAGUACACCUUUGCAGGCUGCCCAUCUGCACCUGAUGCCACUGCCAAUCAUCUCUCCAAUCUCCUCCUAAUCCUUUUGCCACCUUGCUUUGCUUUAUUCCAAUCUCCCCUGUAUAUAUAAACAAUCUUAUGCACGGUCCAGAGAUAGACAAUAAUGUCUCUCUUUUGCCACAGCAUCCUCUCCCUGUUCCUCCUCUUCGCCUCCGUCCAUUCUGUGCGAAGGACACAAGGUAGAGCCUUGCUUGAGCCUCGGGAGGUUGCCAAGGGACAGGGAGAAGAGGGCGGCGGCAGCGUCGCGGCAGCAAGCUGUGCAGACUGUGUGAUGGACGGUGUGUUUGAUCAGGGACAAGGAGAAGAGGGCGGCGGCAGCGUCGCAGCGGCAAUGAUUGGGUCAAGGCCGCCACGGUGCGAAGGGAGGUGCCUCAGCUGCGGCCAGUGCGAGGCGAUUCAGGUGCCAGCGAUCCCACAGGAUUUAACUCCGGUGGCAGUGAGCUCCAGGGGCGAUGAAGGCAGCUCCAUUUACAAGCCUCUGAGCUGGAAGUGCAAGUGCGGAGGCAUGAUCUUAAAUCCAUGAGCGCUACCUUAAAUUGUUUCAAUCUCGUGUAUAGAUACUGAAGUAGUGAAACAGUGGGAGUUCAUCUUUUGGUUGAAAAUUUUGCUCUAUUUCGAUGCAACU